AUGAAUGCUUCUACCAUUUUGAAUCUACCCCCCGAGGUCCUUGCGACUAUUCCAAGUGGGGUUGCACCAGCCGGGAUAACAGCCCUUUCUGAUCAUCCAGCACGCCGUGGUUACAUUCUUAUAACUGUCAAUGCUAUCUUAGCCGUUAUAAUGACAAUCUGUUUUACCAUUCGGAUGUAUACGAGUCUGGUAAUCCGACGAAGGAUCACUUGGAGCGAUUUCUUUCUACUUGUCGGUUUCCUUUUUGUUGUAAUGUUAUAUGUCGCAGCUAUAAUAGUUGUUAGCCCUGGUGGUACCGUUGGAAUGCAUAGCUGGGACGUUUCGUUAUUGUCUUUAUUCAGUAAAAGGAACACAGCGGCAUUAUAUAUACUUGCCAUUCUCAUCAUGCCUGCCUUUGGCUUCGUAAAGCUCUCCAUAUUUCUUAUGUACCUUGAGAUAUUUGAGGCUUUACGCUGGAUGAAAAUUUGCGUGUACAUCGGUGCAACAUUCUGCUCCGCUUUCUACCUAGCCGGCACGAUCCUCUUAUUUUACCUUUCGACGCCCUUUGGCAGUGAAACAUUCAGAACGACAUUCUUUUCUCCCCGACAACUUAUGUUCUUUCGUGUAGGCAUUCCAAUGGCUGCCAUCUCUUUAGGAAUCGAUGUUUACCUUUUUACCUUGCCACUUUGUGCGGUGAGUAAUCUGCAUAUACCGACAAAGAAGAAGAUACUUGUGAUGGUGGGAUUUGCUGUGGGAUUGAUCGCUUGCGUUGGCUCCCUUUUGAGUCUUAUAUAUCGCGUGAUUAUGGUUCGGAGUGAUGAUAAGGCAUGGAAAGGUGUCUCUGUUGUCAUCGCGAUAUUAGUCGAAUUGUUCAGCGGCGUUAUAAUAUGCUGCUUUCCGUCUUUACUCCUUUUUUUCCGCAGACACCACGAACAUUUUGCCAAUACGGGCGCGGCUAUAUCGUCCUGGUUGCGUUAUAGCCGGUACAGAAAGUCAGAUACAUCAAUCAAGGAACCUCAGUAUUCAAGUUAUCCUUCCGAACGAACACCAGCCGGUGAAGUGAAUCUUUAUCCCAAUCUUGACUUCCUGACAACGCCUGGAGACAUUGAACGUACCGCCUUGGAAAAGCGAAUGGAGAAUAGAAUUGGAAUAGAUGCGAUCGCUGUGUGA